GCUGCGUACACAACUCUGACGAGAAUUUGCAACGCAUUUAUUUACAUAUUCACCAUGAAUUUCAUCCAGGAUCAAUUCGGUCUUUUGUACUUGUCUCCUCGGACGCAAAAGUUGGUUCCCAUUCCGCUAAAAUCUGUGAGCAUUACGGCCUCCGUGGUCCACGCGGUCGCACAGGUGGAAAUCACACAGAUUUAUGCAAACUUUGAAGACACCCCGAUCGAAGCGGUGUACAUAUUUCCGGUCGAUUGUAACGGUGCGGUCACACAUUUUAGGGCGGACUUGGAUGGGAAAAGUAUACAGGGCGUCGUUAAAGCCAACGAGGAUGCCCAAAGGGACUACGACGCUGCCGUUUCGAACCAGCAAACCGCAUUUCUUGGUGGGGAAGUUAAGCAGGAUAUUUUCAAGCUAAAAAUCGGCUUCUUAAAACCAAACUCGAUCGCAAAAGUUGUAGUUGGUUACGUUACCGAGGUUAACAACGACCCGGACACUAAUUCCAUCCGAUUUUUCAUGCCCACCACGGUGGCGCCGAGAUACGUCCCGGGAUCCGAAACGGAUCAAAGAUCCACCGAUUUGGCGGGAAUGUCCCACUCUGCCGAUCCACCGGCUCCAUUGAGCAUUAAAGUCGUUGCGGCCAUCCAAGGCGGGAUAAAAGCCGUCCGAAGUUUAUCCCAUCAUAAAAUCCGGGUAGAAUCAAGAGGUCCAAUUCCGGAGAGGAUAGGCUGGACAAAAGCUGUCGUCACUUUGGUUGACCACGUGACAGAAAUGGAUAGAGAUUUCGUCCUCCUCGUCCACCGGAGGAAGCCGUGAUGCAACCCAGGAUUUACACAGAGACCCUUUAAAACGGCUCAACCGCCAUGAUGGCUCACUUGCUACCGAGUUUUUCUCUAAAGGAAGGAAAAACCGAGUUUGUCAUUCUCCUCGACCGGUCUGGUUCAAUGGACGGGAAUUGUAUUCGUAUGGCUAGAACGGCUUUGCAGCUAUUCCUUCACUCAAUGCCGGCCGACUUCUACUUCAACAUAAUCGGAUUUGGUAACAGUUUUCAAGUGCUGUUUUACAAUGGCAGUCGGAAAUACAAUGAAGACACGUUGCGUGACGCGAAUUGGCAUGCACAACAUUUAAACGCGGAUCUAGGCGGGACUGAAAUCUUGGCUCCCUUAUCCAAGAUAUAUUCCUAUCCGUGCAUUCCUGGCUACACCAGACAAGUAUUUGUCCUUUCGGAUGGCGAGGUCAGCAAUACGGAAGAAGUUAUCAGUUUGGUGAAACAGAAUUCUUCCAAUAGUCGCUUAUUCGCACUUGGAAUUGGUUCCUCCUGUUCGCGCCAUUUGAUUCAAGGAAUCGCAGAUGCAGGCAAGGGAACCUCCGCAUUUGUCGAAAAUGAACAAGUGAUUCAUUCCGCGACGCUGAAUCUUUUGAAAAAUGCGCUACAACCGUCGCUGAAUGAUGUUAAAGUUGAAUGGGUUGGCGUAUCAGAAGAGGAGCUAAACCCUGCCAUGACCUUGUGUGGAUAUAACAAACCUUUGCAUCCUACCGCAAAGUUUUUACAAUCACCGAAACGGAUCCAGCCAAUAUUUGAUGGACGUCAGAUGGUCGUACUUGCCAUAUUUCCACCCAGUUUGGUACAGCCAAACGGAGUGAAAAUUACAGCUACAUCACCCGAUGGACCAUUGACUUUGAAAAUCAGUGUGAAUCCGAAUUCCGAAACUUCCGAAAUCUUAAUGUUACACAAACUUGCGGCAAUUAAACUCGUGCGAGAAUUAGAGUUGGAAAGAUUUUCACAGCCAAUGAAGCAGCAAAUUAUAGCACUUGCUGUUGAGCAUGGUCUUACCUCAAAGUACACGUCGUACAUAGCUGUUGAUCACUUGGGUGACCACUAUCCAGGUCCUAUGCAGAGACGAAGUGUGCCAUCUCAAUACCCGGUUGACCAAGGAAUCCAACACAAAUUCAGGCAAGGCACUAUAAACACGAGAUGGAUCCCCAAAUCUACAUCCUCCAUCCAGAACGCGACCAGGGACACUUAUCAACUCCAGUUUUCUACCAGAUGUCUCCCAACUAGAUCGAGAUCUCGAUCUCGUUCCCGUAGCACAGAAAGAAACCGGGCAUUACAAGAGUACCAGGAUGACAUUGAAUUUGACAGUCUCGUUGUCCGGAGCGAGGAGGAGGGUAAUGAUUGCGGCGCAGAUCUGGCUAGUAUUCCAUACCAGCGGGUCAUUCAUAAAUCGGACUCCAAUUCUGCAACCUCUCUUAUUCUAAGAGUCGUUAAUUUGCAAAGUUUCGAGGGGUAUUUUACACUAAAUGAGGCCUUAUGCAGUGCUAUAAACAUCUCUUAUCAUGAUGUCAUCAAUGAAAUAAUUGGUAAAACAUGGCCCAAAAAUGUUUUUGCUACCUUGUUAGCAAUACAUUUUCUGCGAGGUCUUCACCAGUGGAAGGACUUAUGGGAACUUGUCGCAACAAAGGCGAUGAAAUGGAUGGAACAAAAUUGCACAAGUGUCGAAAUAAUGAAGGACAUGGAAAUUGCUACCAAAAAACUUACAAUGCGCAAGGAAACAGGCAUCUGAAUUAGUGAUGCAAUUCACGUAGUGUUUAGUAAUAAGCAUUACAAAUAAAACUCGUGUACAAAAUUGCAUGCAACGUUUAGCAAAAAAUUUAGGGGACAAAAUUACUAAAAAUUUGUUCCAGCAACAUACACACUUUCAUGGUAAGAAUACUUAUGCUGUUUAAACUUUAUGACAAUGGUUGUGAAAUUUCGAUUGUUAUAUAAUGAAAUAAAUU